GUCUGGCUGCUUCGCUUUCUGUUAUCGCUUUUUUUUUUUCAGGCUUCAGUUAAACAGCGAGGAAACGAGGGCGAGCGGACGGCCGAGCGGGGAUAGCGAUUUACCGUCAAACAAAAGCGCUUCGGAUUGAACGUCGACGGCGGCUCGACAGGGCCAGGAUGUCCGGCGAGGUGCAGAGAGCAGACGACAGCCCCAGCACGAGCGGCGGGAGCUCGGACCUCGAGCAGAGAGAGACGGCUCCUCCGGAGCAGGAGCGCGAGCCAGCCCAGCCCAAGAAGAAAGAGACAAAGAUCUCCAGUAAAACGGCAGCCAAACUGUCCACCAGCGCCAAGAGAAUUCAGAAGGAGCUAGCCGAGAUCACUUUGGACCCCCCGCCCAACUGCAGCGCCGGUCCUAAAGGAGACAACAUCUACGAGUGGAGAUCCACUAUCUUGGGACCACCAGGCUCCGUGUACGAAGGGGGCGUCUUUUUUCUCGACAUUGCCUUCACACCUGAUUAUCCGUUUAAACCACCCAAGGUAACAUUUCGCACACGGAUCUAUCACUGCAACAUUAACAGUCAGGGCGUGAUCUGUCUGGACAUCCUGAAGGACAACUGGAGUCCUGCACUCACCAUCUCCAAAGUACUGCUGUCCAUCUGCUCACUGCUCACCGACUGCAACCCAGCCGACCCUCUCGUCGGGAGCAUCGCCACGCAAUACCUGACCAACAGAACUGAACACGACAGAAUAGCCAAACAGUGGACGAAGAGAUACGCCACAUAAAGAGAAGUCCUCCCUCUGAGCCUCCCACUAUAAAUUGUCCCUCUUUCCGACCCCAGCGUACCUGUCUACCUCUGUCCCCGUCCUCUCAGAGCACACUCACCAUAUAUAAUCUCCGCUUCCCCGACCACCCUGGCCGCUUUCGGUGAACAGAACUGUCCUUUUGUUCCUCGUUGACUUGAAAGCUUCUUUUUUAUACAAAGAGUAGACUGGGAUUUUAUUUUCCAAUUAUCUGAAUGUUUGAAUUAUCCUAGGAGGAAAAUAUUGUUGUUGUUGUUGUUGGUAUUAUUAUUAUUAUUAUUAUUAUUAUUAUUAUUAUUAUUAUUAAUGUUGCUCAACCUCAUGUAUGUAAGUGGCAUCAGGAACAAAUACAGACUAUGUAUAAGAACCCACACACACACACACACACACACACACGACCACGCUUUUGUUUUUCAGUCAUGGUAUGUGCAUGUUAACAGGAUGCCGAUUUGCACCCACAUCAACACGAAGCUCCGCUCUGUUUGUAACAUAUUUUUUAAACACGCCGUCAAAAAGCAGCCACUGGGAAAGUCUGGCUAGUGGAUAGAUGGAAAAAUCACAGGUUUGUAUAUAGUGUGUGACACAGUGAGGUUUGUUGUGCACUUGCUUUAUGGACAAACAUCCAAUAAAACACUGUGGCUGAAAUGUA